ACUAAGAAGUGAAUCUUAGAGAAGUAAACGAUGAGUACCGGAGGAAAUGGUGGAGCGACGGCUACGAACAAGCAGGUCAUACUAAGAGACUACGUGAGUGGUUUCCCUAAGGAGUCUGAUUUUGAGAUCACUACCACCACCGUAGAACUUAGUCUUCCGGAGGGGUCUAACUCGGUUCUGGUGAAGAAUCUCUACCUGUCCUGCGAUCCUUACAUGAGGAGUCGUAUGGGGAAGCCCUCUGCUCUCGCUCUUGCUCAAGGUUUCACUCCCGGAAAGUUGACUAUAAUACAUGUGUUAUAGUCUCUCUCUCUAUCCCGUGUUGAUUGCACCAUUGUGUGUUUGGUGUAGCCGAUCUUAGGGUUUGGAGUGUCUAGAGUGAUAGAGUCUGGUCAUCCAGACUAUAAACAAGGCGACUUACUUUGGGGAAUCGUUGGAUGGGAGGAGUAUAGUGUUAUUACUCCUGAAAUUCAUUUCAAGAUCCAUGACACCCAUGUUCCAUUAUCCUACUACACUGGACUUCUCGGCAUGCCCGGUAUGACUGCAUAUGCUGGAUUUUAUGAAGUAUGUUCCCCUAAGAAAGGAGAGACCGUCUAUGUAUCGGCUGCAUCUGGUGCAGUUGGACAGCUUGUGGGACAGUUUGCUAAAAUGAUGGGUUGUUAUGUUGUUGGGAGUGCUGGAAGUAAAGAAAAGGUUGAUCUCCUCAAAAACAAGUUUGGGUUUGAUGAUGCAUUUAACUACAAGGAAGAACAAGACCUUAGUGCUGCCCUGAAAAGGUGUUUUCCCAAAGGCAUUGACAUAUACUUUGAGAACGUAGGAGGCAAAAUGCUUGACGCGGUGCUCUCAAACAUGAACAUUCACGGGCGUAUCGCUGUAUGUGGAAUGAUCUCACAGUACAACCUUGAGGAUCAAGAAGGUGUACACAAUCUAACCAGCAUAAUCUACAAGAGAAUCCGCAUUCAAGGCUUUGUAGUCUUUGAUUUCUUCGACAAAUACUCAAAGUUUCUGGAGUUUGUGAUUCCGUGUAUCAAAGAAGAGAAGAUAGCUUACGUGGAAGAUGUAGCUGAAGGACUCGAGAAAGCUCCUGAAGCUCUUGUUGGACUGUUCUACGGUAAGAACGUUGGGAAGCAAGUUGUUGUGGUUGCUCGUGAGUGAA